AUGGCAGGCGUCUUCUCGGCACAGCGUCUCGCAGGCAAGACUGUCCUCGUCACGGGCGCCUCUGGAGGAAUUGGCGCUGCGACGGCCAUCCUCUUCGCCCGAGCCGGCGCAUCCCUCAUCCUUACAGCCCGCCGCCAAGCCCAGCUCGACGAGGUCAAGCGUGCAGCGGAGCAGGCGAACAAGGAGGGCGCGACGGGCAAGGGCGGCAAGGUCGUUACCCUCACGCUCGACAUGCAGGACCGCAAGCAGAUCAAGGGCUUGCUGGACAGGAUUCCGGAGGAGCUGCGUGAGGUCGACGUGCUGGUGAACAACGCCGGUCUCGUCUACGGUCGAGAGCAGGUCGGAGACAUUGACGAGGACGAGAUCGACACGAUGAUUAACACGAAUGUCGUCGGCCUCAUCUCGCUCACCCAGAUCUUCGUCAAGGAGUUCAAAAAGCGGAACCGUGGCCACGUCAUCAACCUGGGAUCUAUCGCAGGGAUCGAGCCGUACGCGGGCGGGUCCAUCUACUGCGCGACGAAGCACGCCGUGCACGCUUUCAACGGCUCGCUUCUGCGAGAGCUCGUAGGCUGGAACAUCAGGGUUACCUGUAUCGCUCCGGGAAUGGUCGAGACCAACUUCUCCAUCACCCGCUUCCGAGGCGACGAGGACGCAGCUAAGAAGGUGUACGAGGGGAUCACUCCGCUCAGCGCGAACGACAUCGCGGAGGAAAUUGUCUGGGCUGCGAGCCGGCCAGAACACGUCAACAUUGCCGACGUUCUCGUCUUCCCGAGCGCCCAAGCGUCGGCCAUCAUCAACCACCGUGGCCCUCAGAAUGGCGGCAAGUAG